UUUUUUAAACGCGUAAAUCACCUCACUCUUACUCACGGGUCUACAUACCUACCUCGCGCAACACCCAAAACUCCCUCACGACACUUGUGUAGCAUACAACUCCCAAGCUGCAUUGAUCUGAACGUACAUACACAUAGUAUCUUUCUUAAUUUUGACAAGGACUCUCGGCAAGUUGACGUUGUUAAGACUGCUCGCAUAUGCGGCCCGGCUUUGCGUAUAGAUUCUCGAGAUCGCUCAAGAUGGCUCUGCAUCCGCCUCCCGAGAGCGAGAAGCUCAUUUUCGCACCCUCGGGCUCCUCCCAAAACACCCGCGCCUCCCAAUUCACCCUAGGCCGCCUCUCCCUCCCCAGCCUACACCCAACCUCGCCAACCCACCAAUUCAACACCUGGUUCACAGCAGCCCAAGAAACCCACGCCGUCCCGCACCCCGAAACAUGCACCCUCUCCACCGCGCACCUCCCCUCCGGCCGCGUCUCCGCCCGCAUGGUCUACCUCAAAGAACUCGACGGCAAGGGCGGCUUCGUAGUCUACACCAACCUCGGCACAUCCCGCAAAGCAGCCGACCUCGAGACGAACAAGUACGCGAGCCUGACGUUUUGGUGGGAGGCGUUGCAGAGGCAGGUGAGGGUGGAAGGUAAGGCGGAGAGGUUGAGCAGGGAGGAGAGUCAGGUGUACUACGAUACCCGCGUGCGCGGGAGCCGGAUCGGGGCGUGGGCUUCGCGGCAGAGCCAGGUGUUGGAGCCGCGGGAGGGCGUGAAGGGCGAGGGCGGGGAGGGGCGGGAUGAUGGGAGGGCGCAGUUGGAGGGGUGGGUGAAGGAGGUGGAGGAAAAGUUUGAGGGCAAGGAGACGAUUCCGGUGCCUGAGUUUUGGGGCGGGUUGAGGAUUGUGCCGGAGAGGGUUGAGUUUUGGCAGGGACGGGAUAGUCGGCUUCAUGAUCGGUUUGUGUAUGACAAGGUGGAGGGCGAGGAGGAUAAGUGGACGAUUAACAGGUUGAGCCCUUAGGCGGUGAUGGUGUAGUCACUAGGUAUAAAACAUGAUUUUGUUGCUGUUGUUUAGAAUCACGAUGUACCUUAUCAUCACAAACAAAUCAAACGAAGUCACUAUGAGAAAA